AGUAAUUUUUGUUUUUAGGCAUGAGCGUAUUGUUACUGAAGCAAAUCAUGAUGAUGAAGAAGAAAUAAUUCCUAAUGGAAAUACUCUCAGACCAAAAAAUAGACCAUUACUUCAUGUUGAAAGUUUAAAAAUUCGAAGAGCCACAAAACACAUAGCUAAACUAAAUAUGGGAGAAGCAAAAGAUGACAUACAUGUUUGCAUCAUGCGCUUGCGAGCCAUAAUGAACAAUAAAUAUGGAUUCAAUAUGGUGAUUGAACGCACGCAAGCCAUCAAUUGUAUUGCCCUUAGUUUGAACCACAAGAGCUUAAGGGCAAAGACACUGGUUCUAGAAUUUUUAGCUGCAAUAUGCUUAGUGAAAGGAGGUCACCAAAUAAUUCUUGCCGCAUUUGACAACUUUAAAGAUGUUUGUGGUGAAAAAAAGCGAUUUGAAACAUUAAUGGAUUACUUCAUUAACUAUGAAGUAUUUAACAUUGACUUUAUGGCGAAUGAGCAAAUACAAGAAAUGGAAAAUGAACUUAUGGCUCGACUAGUUGAACUUGAAACGCACUUGGAAUGUUUGGAUGCCGUCACUCGGGAAAGAAAUGAACUUUUGGAAUUGCAUAAACAGACAGAUGAAGAGUUGAAUACUCUUAGAAGAGUUGUUUCACAAAAAGAUGAAGAAUCUAGGCAGAGACAAAGUAUACUGGAGUCCAAAAUUGAAGAACUAGAAAGCAACAGUCUGCCUAGAGGAACUGUUAUCGGAGGAACUGCAAUAGAUGGUCAAAUUCAAAGUCAUGCCACCACCACCCCUUCCACAAAUGAUGAAGGCUCCGCCUGGUCCUCCACCCAUGCCUGGCAUGAUGCAAGCCCCAUAAGAUGGCAUGACAAUCAAGAGAAAGUUCCAAACCAAAUACAAAUUACCAACCCUUAAUUGGAUAGCACUCAAGCCUAACCAAGUUAAAGGGACAAUAUUCCGCGAAUUAGAUGAUGACAAGCUGCACAAUGU